AUGGGUCAGCUAUGUGGACGAUGCAUGCAGCUCCUGCGGGACUUCAUAGGCUUUGUUCAGAGGAUGUCCUCUGACUUGGUGCAAGGCAUCAAGGAAUGCUUAACUCUGAUAAGCAAUUGCUCCUGCUUAAAACAGAACAGCUCUAAAAACAGGCAGCUGUACAAGCCCAUCCUACAGCCUCAUGAGAGAGUGACUGCACAGGAGUUUCUGCAACAUAUUGAAACAGAUUUUGAAAUGUCUCCACUGGGAAAGGACCCUCUGGAAGCCUUGAGGACCUUAUCCUUUUCAGAAAACCCAGGUUUACAGCAGUCGGCUGCGCUCUAUUACUUGCACGUGAGUCAGCACAUGAACAUCCCCCUGCCUGUGGAACAUCUGGAACCCUUCUAUGCCUUACUACGUUCUGCUGACCUGGAAGUGCAGCAGAUGUCUUCCUUGUCCCUUGUCAACUUCCUGCUGGAAGGAAAUAUUGACAAAGAAUUAGUUGUCCAAAUGGGUUUACUUGAGCCAAUUCUGGAUCUGCUUGAAUCAGAGGAUCCCACUGUCCAAUGUAAUUCCUGUGCCUGCAUCAUGACUUUGGCUGUUUCAGAGUCCAACCGAGAGGCUAUUGGUGCUGCUAGAGGAGUUACACCCCUACUGUCUCUUGCCAAUUCCUAUGAUCCCAGAGUCCAGCAAAAUGCAGUUGGUGCUAUUCUGAACCUCACACAAUCAGAGAAAAUCCAACAAGUUCUAUGCAAGGAAGGAGCCCUACCAGUUCUUGCCUUGCUGCUGGAAUCUCCUGACUCAGAAGUCCAGUACUACAGCUGUGCUGCCCUGAGCAACGUGGCAGCCAAUGUUCAGCACCACAAAGCCUUGCUGAGACCCAGUGACAGAUUCCUGCUGCGGACACUGAUCUCUCUCCUAUCCUCUUCCGUGGACAAGGUUUCAAGCCAGGCAUGUGUUUGCCUAAGAAAUUUGGCUACCAGUGUGGACAUCCAGGCCGAAAUGGUUGCUGAGAACGUCCUGCCCCAGCUGUGCUCUCUCCUGGCCUCUGGAAGCGAGGACGUGCGCCGUGCCUCCAUCGCUCUGGUCUGGAUACUCUCCCAGCACCCGCCCAACCAGGACACUCUGGCAUGUGCUGAGCUACUGCAGAGCCUGGGGAUGUUACUGGCAGCACAUAAAACAGACCCUGUGAUUGUUGGACAUACUGCUUGCAUCAUCAGAAACCUGUGCCUUUCUAAAAACAGACAGAGAAUCACGGAGAGCUGCUGUGUUGAAGGUCUCCUCCAGACCCUGCUUUUGACCGACACUCAGGAAGACUCCCUUCAUUACGUGACAUCCUGCCUUGCUGAGCUAGCAAAGCAAGAAGGAGCCAUGUUACACAUGGUCCAGUGGAUGGAUGAACCUUUGACAAGGUGCUUGGUGAGACUGGCUGGCCAACUGGAACAUCCUGAGCCUUCCUUUCAUGCUGCUUCCAUCAUCCAGCACAUGAUCAGUCAUGAAAAAAUGAUGCUUUUGUGGAAAUAUCACAUUGAAGAGAUUCAAGCCUACCUCAAGAAUUUUCUUACCCACCAAGAGGUCCGUUUUCAACAGCUGGGCAUCUCCACACUCUGCAGACUACGAGCAGAUCCAGACUUUUCAUUAGCAUUCAGAAAAAGCCAAAUGGCCAAACUCCUUGAGCAAGUCCGUCAGCAAACAGAAGAAACUCAAGAGCUCCUUAGGGCAGCUAUGUGCCAUGAAGACAGUUAA